CCUGAUCAUUCACGCAUGCGCACUUGCAUCUCAUUAACAACGGGUUCACGGUAGAAAAAUGGCGAUCCUUCCCUUGUGUAGAUUCAAAGGCAAUUCUCGUAUUUCAUAGGAGUUUACAAUGUCUGGUUUGGUGAAGAACCAGAUCGCGAAACAGCUUGCAAGGUUUACGAAGAACCUAUCGCCCAACAAGAUUAGCGUCAAGUUCCUCAAGGGCGAAGGCGAGCUUCACAACCUUGAGUUAGACGAGAAGAUUCUCUCCGACUUGUUAGAAUUACCCCCGUGGCUUCGCAUCACCAAAGCCGAUUGUAAUAAAAUUUCAGCAAAGAUACAUUGGACUAAACUCAAAACAGAUCCUAUAUGCCUGUUCUUAGACUGCGUGCAGAUAGAUAUAGAGCAAGUUGUUGUUGCUGAAUCAAAGCAUUCUCCAAACCAGUCAUCAACUCAACAACCACCUCAGCCAAACAAAGAGAAGGCCACUAACCAAUAUGGCUUUGUUGAGAAAGUUGUGGAUGGCAUGUACGUCCAAAUCAACUCAGUCUUGGUCUCAUUCAAAGCCCCAGAGUUCUCAGCAAACUUUCAGAUGUCCAGGCUUAUAGUCCAGAGCACAACACCAGACUGGAAGCCAGAUGAUCUCAGAAAUACUCGCCUAAAGGAUGAGACUAAAGGGGAGGUGCUCACAUUCAAAGAAAUUACUUGGUCUACACUUAGAAUUGAUGCUUUCGCCCGAGAACAGGACAACAGCAAUACAAAUUCAGCUCCCAUUCGGUUAAUAACCAGUCAAUCAUCACUUCACAUCACCAUCAAGAAACGUAUUGAGGAUUGUUCGGUGUUGUCAGCUUGCUUGAAGCUUCUAUUGGAUGAUAUCUUAUGGGUGUUGACACAGACACAGCUACAAGCACUGAUGAAAUUCAUGAACUCUGUGAAUAAAACCAUCGAAGAAAACAGGAGGACUCAAAUAGAACCGGCAUCUAGUACCACACCCACAAGCCAAGCCUCUCAACAGCACACACAUGCUCAAUACUCGUCAUCCAAUCUGCAAAAUGGACCUGAUAAAAAAGAGAGUACUACACCUUUCUCAAAACAUGAUUUACUUGAAACUUCUUACCACCUUAGAACUGGAAGAAUUGAUCUUCAUCUAAGUGACGACUCUUCAGAAGUUACACCAUCUGAUCCCUUGUCCGGAGGGGCCAUGCAAAUACGGAUUAACAAACUAGCAACAGACUAUUACCCAUACCAUUUAGCGGGCACAUCAAGGACUAGCUGGGAGUGCCAUAAUGAGGCAUCUCUCUCCCGUGCCUAUUGGGUCAAUCAGUUGUUAAAUACAUUUAGAAAUAAUAUUAGGAACAGGAAAGACUCCAUGCCUCCAAGACCACCCAAGCCAAGUACUAAUGGACAAGCAUCUGUAGAUGGUCAACUCAAGCCACCAAGUUCCCCAUCCCCUCGAAGACAAACUGGCCCACCCAGUCCUAAACCAUCCCGUCAACCGCCGCCCUCGAGUCCACAGCGCAUUGCACCCACCCCAGGUCAUAGGAGACCUGUGUUCAUGUAUGAAACAUGCAUGUUGAUUCGUUGUGAUGAGUUUGCUGUAAUGCCAGUGACUACAUAUAACCAGCACAAUGAGGGAAAUCCAUUCCUGUCAUCAGACAAGAAGGCUUUGUACCUCCCCACUGAUAUGCCUGCAUUCCAGAUAGACUACACCCAGUAUUACUACCCAGGAGAGAUCACCUCACCAGUUCCCCCACCAAACCUGUUUGUCCAGAUGAAUCCAGUUCAGCUAACUCUGGACGUCACAACAUGUAUCUGGUUUAACAGGUUUAUGACUACAAUUCUUGGAGGAGGGGAGACACCAGACUGUAUGAAGCAGCAGCCGACAACCCAGCCUCGUCAUGUGGAUAUCCGCUUUGAAGCCUUGAUGCCAAGGAUUAUAUUGCCAUGCCCGUCCGACCCUUGCUCUCUGUACCGUGAGCUCAGACCACAAGCCUUACAGAUACAGAUGUCUCAAGUGUUCUUCACUAACAGUCGCAUUGGAGCGAAUUCUUCGCAAACCGAACUCCUCAUGAUUCUACAGAAGUUUUCGGCAUCUAAGCUGUACUCUGACUACGGCAGCUUCCCAAACGAUAUGGACGACGUGCGACCGCUGCCCAACCUGGCGUGGCUCAAGGACUCAGGCGUAGUAGAUGACCCAGUGAAGAUAGCGCGUCUUCUGAAAGGGAUGCAGACCGACUCGCACCACGCGGACCACUGCCGGUCUUCCCAGGUAUGGUGCAUGUCGGCGGACCAAGUUUGGGCUGACUUCCUCGGCAUCGCUUCCUACAAGGAUAGGCCAAUGCCUUUUAUAGACGCUAUGCCCGUAAGACUAUGGAUAUGUACCCCGUUACCUGGCAGCCCAACAGGCGAUGUGACGUCACGGACUAACGGGCCAAUCCCGGCCCAGCAAGCCAAUCGCCAGCCUCUUAAUGCUUCGGGGACGAAGCAAAUGAGUGUAGCAACUAGGACGAGCUCUUUUCCCCUCGCUCACGAGCUGGAUCCUGGGAAACGGCGCCAGUUGUCAGAGCCUCAUUCAGCGGCUUCCUCACCUGGCUGCAAGCGCGCGCAUGAUCCUCUGACAACCCCCCACUUCAUAUGGUCCAACUCGAGUCCGAAUCUCAAGCGAGAGUUGGCUCAGAGAAAGGGUACAUCUGUUGACAUUGACCCUUUAGGGGCCGUUGUUAAUGGUGAAAGCCACUCCUUGCCGUCCUCGCCGAGGUCUCAUCCUGAAGAUGUUGGCCUCACAAGGCUUGGAAGCUCGGAAUCUGUGCCAAGUGUUAAGUCAGACCCAGCAGAUAGCAUAUCUCUGAGCUCCCAAGCGUCUAGCAGCCAGGAAGACUACAUUUUCAUCCAGAACUCUGACAAUACAAUUGAUUCUCGGGAAGAGUUGUCGCUCUGUGCAAACAAGCCCGAACAGGACUUUGCUAAUCAGAACGGUCAGCUUUGCGAGGCGCUGACUCCAGUCGAUGACUCACCACUGACUCCUACUCAAGGGGGGUUCAUUGGCGGGGUCCUGAUCGAAGAUGCAGGUGUACUGCCUCCGAAUGACCAGCCCAGAUACUUCACGGAUCAGACCCCAGGUGACCCAAUGGGGCCGUCCAUAUAUGACGAAGAGAGUCUAAGCGAUGACCCGUCCGAGGCGGUUAAGAUGGCAGAUAUGAGCGUGCUAGCGUACAUUCCAACAAAUGUAGUCAUUCAACUUGAACAUUUCCAUCUCAUUUUUCUAUUUCGUCUCCAGGAAAUGCUAGAAAAACUCAAGGAACAGCUCUUGUACGAAUGUCAGAAAAACAGCUCGCCUACUGAUACUAACGACGCUCCCGAAACAAGCCUCACGUUUUCCCUGCUCACGAAGAGCGCACGUUUAAACCUCAUUCUCCCUCCUUGUCCGGACUCGGGGAUUAAUGGGCCUUCCAGGGCAGAUAGCAGUUUGAGUAGUUAUCUUGACCCUGGGUUUGUAUCCGAUGGAGGGUCUAUAACACCUGAAAUAAACCAAGAUCUUGAGAAUAACACCAUGUCGCCAGAUGGUGUCGUGAUUCCUGGAAAACUCGAAAGUGCAGCUGUAAAGGUAUCACCAGAAGAUGGCCAGGAAGUGGUGGGCGAAGAUGCCGGCCCGGAGGCCUCUGGCGGCAGGACUUCACGCGGGCGUAGGGACAGUGACGUAAGCAGUGCAAGUAGUCAGUUAGGAACAAGCGUUGAAUCAAGUGCGAAGAGCAGCGCCCGCAGUGCUAGGUCUGGUCGAAUCGUGUCGAUUUUCAGCGCAGAGGGCGGGGAUAUUCAAUUGGGGAUUCAUUUAGAUGGUGAAGAUAUGGCCGUAAAACUCAUCGCACAAGAGCUGAAAAUCGACGAACGGGGAAACGCGAACAUAGAGAAGUUUCUGAAUCAAAAGUCCACCAAGUCACCCGCCAGAGAAAACUCAAUCCCGACUCACCACUCCCUAUUAGGUCAUCCCGUGCUUGCCCUAAGGGCGGAGUUCGGGCCUGCGGCUGAGCGUUUCGCCCAGUCCGCUGGUGAGCGCGGCUUUGCGCAUGUGCAAGCAGGGAACAUCAACACUUCAUUCUUGAUGAGCAACCUUGAGAGUUUAAGCGACUGCUUUGACGACGAGGUUCUCACACCUAAAAUGCCUCUGUAUGUUGAGCUGAAGAACUCAUGCGUUAGUCUACGUGACGAUAAGCCACCGCGACUUCUGUCCGCCCUACCGCCUCUUCCAAUAAACGUCAACAUCGAGAACUUGACAAUCUUCAGGAAUCACGAGGGCAUCGUCAACUUGAGAGGACUGAGUACUAGUUCGGCAGACAUUCGUGAAUCUUCCGGCCCCGUCACGGGUUUCCGGGGCAACUCUCCGAAGCCGUCGUCCCGACAGUUAUCCCGCACUGCCAGCGAGUCCAGUAUCGCCGAGUCUGUGUCCUCUCGGUCUGAUGUUGAUAGUGAGCGUGAGAGUGUCAAGGCGCAGUUGUCUGUGUCGCGCGCUGCGUUACAUGCAGUACAAGAGGAGAGGCAGGCUUUGCUGAAGACAAUAGAGAGGCUGCAGAUGGAACUCACGUUGUCCAAUCGCGAGACAGACCGACUCCACACCAGAUUGCAGGCUUAUGAGAGCGGUAGGGGUGGACCUAGAAAUAAGUCGCUGAGGUGAUCAUGAUGUUCAUUAGUGGUCUGGCUUCAUUUAAACAGCAUACUAUACAUGAAAUGAGGAACCCUUUAACCCAAUAUGUUCAGUGAAACAUGUAGAAUGGCUUUUGUGCCCAGGACAGUGAUUUUACACUCCUUCACCCAAAUUUCAAAGAAAUGAUAUCCCAAUACCUUACCUCUUGAAAGCCAACACCCAAAAAACUAUUCAUGCCAUUUGCGAUUUUUUUUUAUUUGGUCAAUCAUAAUGGAAUUAACUAAGCCAAACUUUGACGAUAGAUUCGUUAGUUGUGUCUCGUAUUUAGAAUAGCCUGCGUAACGGCCAUUCCCUUGAGCCGCUUCGCAGGCUAUGUAGUUUAGAAUACCAUUUUUAAGGUCGCCAAUUGGGAAAACAGUCAAUUUUGAGGGUUACGUUUGUAAAGAGAAAAACUGUAACAACACAGUCCUUGGCUUUUGUUAACUUUAAGUUUAUUCUGUUUAGUAGAGCAGAUGUUUUUUUGUUGUUGUUGUUGUUGUUAUUGUUGUUCAGGCAUACAGUCGGCCUCAUAAAAGCGUUGUCCAUAAAGGAAGUUAUUUUACUACUUUAAUUUUCAAUGUGUUAAUGCAAGACUUUAGUCACGUGUAUGUCUGUGAAACAAUUCCUUAUGCAUGUUAAUUAAUAAUUAAAUAGUUGAAAAUGAGACAAGUGACUUUUUCAGAACUUUGUAAAUUUGUUUAUAUAUAUAAAAAGGCUUAAUGAGACAGGCUGUAUGUCAACACUUGAACAAUUUCUCUUAGGUAGCUCGUCCAAGCUUGCAAUCAUACACAAUAUUCCUUCAUUAGAGAUGACCUUCCCAUGUAGUGGGGUGUCAUGAGGCCCCCUGCCUGUGGCCCCGAUAACAUACCAAGAGUCCCCUGUUAGAGUCAUUAUUUUCAUUACGCUCUCUAUACAAUUUUUCGAUAAAGAUUCUUAGAAUAUUUGAUUGCAUGGUGCAGAAUGCUGUAUAAAGAAAAGUCAAAUAUUUUAAAUAGACUGUCAUGUGACCCAAAGAAAUAAGUUAUCACGGAUCACAGGAGUAUGGUAUCAUUUUUACAUAGUUUAAUGAAAUACAGAGGGUACAGCAAUAUUUUAUUUAAAGGUGGUCAUUUUUGUAUUAAAGAAGAUUCUAGUUUGUGAAUAAAAUAUUAAGCUUAGGAAUUACUGUUCAAUUGGGAUAACAAAAUAGUUUGUAAAAAUUUAUAAGAGAAUUAAAGUCAGGUUAUUGUG